GAACGACUCCGGCCUGGAUUCUCCGCGCCAGCACAUCCAUCUCGCUCCGAUUCUCCAUCCCCUCCAUUCCCUCCGUCGCUAUUCUUACAUUCCACCCGUUCAAGGGCGCCGGAUUACAACCUACUCAGCUCUCCCUUGCCUCGCCGGCUUCGUCCGCCUGUCGCGCAUCGCCGUGUGGAGCCAGCCCGUCAGAACGAUAGUGCCGCGUAGUCACCUCCUAGUCGCCACGGGGACCCGUCCGUCAGCUAUCGCGGCUCAAUCAGCUUCUGGGCUGUUCAGCUGUUCGACCUGUUUCUGAAUAACACCGCGCCAGAUAUUCCACCAUGGCGCAAUAUUUCUUCGAUCUCCUCUAUAACUUCACCGACUGCAUGUGCUGUUUCCCGAGCACGCCGCAGCUCAAGAUCAACAAUCGCAGUUUCAAGUUACUCCGACUUCUCGGUGAAGGCGGCUUUUCCUAUGUCUACCUCGUUCAGGACAAAUCCACCUCGGAGCUGUUUGCGCUCAAGAAGAUCCGAUGUCCGUUUGGUCAGGAGUCGGUCUCCCAGGCUCUGAAGGAGGUGGAAGCCUACAAUCUGUUCACUUCGCAGAGCAACAUCAUCCAUUCCAUUGACCACUGUGUGUCUACUGAAUCGGGUUCGAAGUUCCGCGCCGACGGCGGUGAUGCCGGAUCGAAGACGGUCUACAUUCUUCUGCCCUACUACCAACGGGGUAAUCUUCAGGACGCCAUCAAUGCGAACCUAGUCAACCAUGCCCGGUUUCCAGAAAAGCGCUUGAUGGUGCUGAUGCUCGGAGUGGCCAAUGCACUCCGAGCGAUGCACCUGUACCGGGUUAGGAGCGGUACCGGCCCUACGCGCAAGGCGAAAGCUGUCAGACGGGAGGGCGCCGAGGCAGAUGCCGAGGUUGCUAUGCGGAUGGGGAAGCCCAAGCGACGCGGGAGCCAGGCGGAUGAAGAAGAGGAGAACGAGCCAUUGAUGGAUGACGAGGUCACGAUGAGCCAAGAAGGCGUUCAGGACGGCGACCUGCGCCCAUAUGCUCACAGAGAUAUUAAGCCUGGAAACAUUAUGAUUGCCGAUGAUGGUCGCACACCGAUCCUGAUGGAUCUGGGAUCGCUAGCACCCAGUCCGAUAGCCAUUACCUCCCGGUCUCUUGCCUUGGCCGUCCAAGACACGGCUGCCGAACACAGCACGAUGCCAUACCGAGCGCCCGAGCUGUUUGAUGUCAAGACGGGGUCUAUCAUCGACACCAAGGUGGACAUUUGGUCCUUGGGAUGCACGCUCUACGCGUGUCUGGUGGGCAAGAGCCCUUUUGAAGCCCGCAGCGAAGAGACUGGUGGCAGCUUGAGCAUGUGUGUCCUGGGUGGAGAUUGGCGAUUCCCCGAUGAGAAAUCGAGUGCUACAAAGGGUAAAGGCAAGGCGGGCGGCGACGACAGCCGCAAAGACAAUACCAUGCAGAUCAGCGCGCCCGUGAAAGAGGUGGUGCGCAAGUGUCUGCAGGUGGAACCGGCCGACCGGCCGGACAUUGACGAGCUGAUUCAGAUCCUGAAAGAUGUGAUCAAGGAUCUCCCGGAGGAAGACGAGAUUGCCAGUGGAUCGAGCUGAGCUUGAUGCAGCAGCCUCUGUGGUGUUUUCACUGGUUGAUUCCCUGAUGUCAUGUUCCUGUGGGUGUCUGGUGGUGGCCAGAUUGUAUUAUACGAACAAUGCUGAACAUAUCGUGCUUCUGAUGGUCAUCUGCGGGGGGUUAAUGUUAUGUCCUGUUACUGAGCUUGAUACCAGAAUAAAAAACUUGGCUGCAGGCGGC